UGAGUUAGAACUGAUCGAUGUUUUCUGCGCUUGCGAAAGGAAAAGUGCAAAUCCUCCGCCGCAGUGAGCAGUUGGGAAGAAGAUCCGGCGCAUGCAGGCAGGAAAGUGGGGAGGGGCGCGUGGCGCAUGCGCAGAAGUUCGCGCUGCUUAAUGGAGGUUGCUUUAUGCUAGAGGUUGCCGAGGUGGUUUUCUUGUUCCGUGCCGCUUGAGUCAAGAUGGCCUCCCGACGGAUGACACGGGAAUCUUUUGAUGCAAUCAUGCAAGUCAAGGCAAAACGAUAUCGUCUGGACCGAAGUGAUCCGAUCGAUGAGGCUCUUCACCAGCUCAGAGUUCACUCGCGGCCAGUCACACGGGCCCAGUACAGUGAGGAGGAGGAAGAUUUUCAUGACGGUGGGAAGUUCGUGCAGGAUGACUGGAGGAAAGAUGCUAGGGAUGAGUAUUCGCUGCCUUCUUAUAGGUCCAGCAGCCAUGUCACAGAGGAGGAGGGUUACUAUUCCAAAAGCAGCACUGAACUGUCUUCACGGAACCGGGACUACGGCCAGCUGUCUUCCUAUGAACAAGACUACGGCCAUUCAUCUUCAGUGGAAAGGGAGUAUGCUGGCCCAUCUUCCCGGGAUCGGAACUAUGGCCACUCUGCCUCACGGGAACGGGAAUAUGGCCGUGCUCCUGUUCGAGAACCCUCCAGACGCCGUGAUGCUGACUAUGACUCACCAGAACUGUUGGGCGAUUUCAGUUCACCAGGGCUUUUGGAAGAGGAUUAUAGGACUGCCUGUAGUCAGAAUUAUGACCUGGAGCAUAGUCUUGAGACUGAGAGAGAAUUCAGCCCUUCUUUGAACAUUGGGAGGGGGAGAAGUCCCCGAGGGAAACAUGGCAUGGCAACUCAAGGCAUGGCCAGAAGUAAGGAGGAGUUGGCGGCUCGUCUCAAGAAAUGGGCCGCUAAAACCUUGUCCCCAGCAGAUGAUCUUCUGUUAAAUCCUGUGGAUCACUCCAAGCAGAAAACUGUACCUUCUCCUCGCCCCCAACAUAACCAAAGGCCCGGUCUGGCCUCUCAAAGGGGGCUACAGCAAGAGGGAAAUCUGAAAUCUACAGGGUACGCCCGGAUCAAAGAACCAGACUUGGAACUUGUAGAUCCUUCUGAUAUUUUUGCAAAUUUUGGGGUUGAAAUAAUCAAAUGGGCUGGCUUCCAUGAAAUUAAGAGAGACCCAGAGUAUUCAGAACUUUUCCGGGUGCUCUUCACACUGGAGACAGAGACCUGUGCCAAAAUGCUGGCAUCCUUUAAGUGUUUGCUGAAAGCUGAGCACCAAGACUUCUGUAUGACCAGUGUCAAGACGCUGCAACAUGCAGCUCUGAGAACACCAAAAGUGGACAGCCAGUUUCUGAAUUUGCUGUUGGAGAAAAGGGUGAUGGUGACCAAGAAUUGUUUUUUUGAGGUCAUUAAGCCUUUUGAUCGGUAUGUGAUGCGACUCCAGGACUACCUGCUCAGGAGCACCACACCUCUGCUGAUGGCCUGUAACGCCUAUGAGCUCAGCAUCAAAACUAAUAGCUUCAGUGACUUAAGGCAGAUGGCUGCUGCUUUUGAAACUACCAUUUCCCUCUGCCGCAAAUCCUUGGCCCUUUUGGGGCAAACCUUCGCCCUGGCCUCUGCUUUCAGGCAGGAAAAGAUCUUGGAGGCCCUAAGCAUCCAGGAAUUGGCCCCUCCUCCUACCUUGUUUCCCAAUUUUGAUACUUCUGCCUUGUUUGGAAGAGAAUAUAUAGAAAAUUUGCAAAGUUGGUUGGAGAAAAGUGGCUGCCAGAUGCAGUUAAAGAGACCAGCUGCCAGUCCUCCGGCUCAGGCCCUGCAGCGUGCUGAUAGGAAAGUUGUUGAGACGAUUGAAAAACUAGUGAAUGCGAUGGUUUCUGGCAUGUUAACAGGGAAAGAGAAGGCUGAACUGGGACACAACCCGGAGUAUUGGUUUCUUCACGAAGAGGGAAGCCUGGAAUACAAGUAUUAUAAGCUGAAGCUGGGUGAGAUGGAGCGGCUUCUGUCUGCAGCAAAGGAGGAAGCCAAAGACAGGAAGACCUCUGAGCAGCAAAUCUCAGAAGCAGUGAGGAUCCUUUUGUACAGAAGGAAAGUAGCCAGUAUCAAGAAGAAGCUCUUCCAGAGGAGGCGGCCUGGGAUCCUGCAGAGGGCCGCGAGAGCCCGGAAAGGGAAGAAGUCCACCAUUGGGACCCAGACGCUCUUGUCUGCCGGGUCGCUGCUGAAGCAGCAGCCACCACGCACACAGAUUUCCAGUUCCAGCAGUGACAGACCCAGCAGUGAUCAGGCAACGACGCCGUCCCUAAAAGACACUUCAGGCAAAACGGACUCACGGAGGCUUUCAGAAAACCCCCAGUCUCUGAUGAGCCAGUUCCCUGACGUGGACCCUAAAGUCAUGGUAACCGCUCAGAAGCUGGCCGAGUUUGUUGCUGAGGUUGGGCCGGAAAUUGAGCAGUUUAGCAUCGAUAACAGUGCAGAUAAUCCAGAUCUAUCAUUUCUUCAGGAUCCAGAGAGUUCCGCCUUCAAGUUUUAUCGUAUGAAAGUCCGUGAAUUAUGCCCAUCUAUCAACUUCAGUGCUGGGCAGGAAUCUGCCGACUUCCAUGAGAGCCCUGAGCCAAGGGAAAGCGAAUGGGGAAACCUGGAGGAGGAAGAAGAGGAGGAGGAAGAGGAGGAGGAAGAAGAGGAGACCCCCCAAGCUGAACUGGAAGCAGAAGAGGACGAUGAAGAGGAGGAAGCUGCAGUGCCAGCUGAGGAGCCAGGAGAAGCCCUGUUGGAAGAGGGGCUUGUGAAAGUGGAGUAUUCAAAGACAGACCAAGCAGGACAGACCAGCAGCGCAAUCCCAGGUGCCAUUUCAGAAGCACCGGCACAGGCGCCCGUGCAUGGCGCCCCCUUUGGGCGCAAGAGAAUCAGUAGCAAAUCCCUGAAAGUGGGCUUGAUCCCAGCAUCAAAGAGAGUGUGCCUCAUAGAUGAACCAAAAGUACAUGAUCCAGUGCGAAUCUCUUAUGACCGACCCCGUGGCUAUCCUGCAUACAAAAAUAAGAAGCAACAGAAAACAAAGGAUAUGGAAUUCUAUAAUAAGAGACUAAAUGAGAAGAACAUUGGCUUCCAAAUACUUCAAAAAAUGGGUUGGAAAGAAGGGCGUGGCCUCGGGUUACAUGGCAAAGGCAUCAAGGAACCUGUCAAAGUGGGCUCUACCUCGGCAGGGGAGGGCUUGGGUGUUUCAGGGAAGAACAAAGAGGAUACCUUUGCUACGUUCCGUCAGAGAAUGAUCCAGAUGUACUAUCUGAAAAGAGCCAAUAAAUAGUUUUCCAGGCUCUCUGAUACGAAGAUCAGAAGCAUCCAAGAACAUUUUUCACUCCCGUCACUAGGGUGUGUCUCUCUUCUGUGUCACUUUUGGUUUGGAAUGUUGCAUUUUUUAAGUCCUCAGUCAGAUAUUUUUCCUUUCUUCUUGUGAAAUUUAUCAGUAUUGACCAGUAAUGAAUUAGCAUUUGUUAGCCAAUGAUUGACCUUAACAUUUCUUUUAAAAUAUCUUAAUGGCAUGUAAUCCUUUUUUCAAAGUCUACAAUAAAAAUCAGUAGAAAAAUCCAA